UUGAUGAUGUGAAAUUUUAUGUUGUUAUUGAGGAAUAAAUGUAAGCUUUUGCAAGUGAUUGAUAAUUCAAGUAAAUUUUUACAUGAAUCUUUAGGUUUAGCAAUCCAUCUUUCAUUGGUAAUUAGGUGAAGCUUGUUUAAACCUGUGUUUGUUGCUUCAAAAUUGGUUACUUUUCUGAGCUGCAUGUUGGUUCGCCAUUUAGUAUCGGCUGCAUUUUGUUAAAUUCUGGAUUUUCUGCUUAGUGUUCAUAUGAUGUUCUUGUCUACAUGCCCCAGAAUUGAUUAUUUGCUUGAUAGUUUAUACCAUGGUUUCAUUAAGACUGAAGAUACUUUCUUCCUUGUAUGCAGAUGAUGCUGAUGUUCCUCAGGUGCAACACUAUCGGCUUUUUCUGAAAGAACAUGUUGUUUUUAAGGAGGCUAUUCCAAUUAAAAAUCCCCUCGCCCUGUCAAAGAUACACCAGACAUACAGAGUUGGUUAUUUGAAGGUCUUCACCAUAGAGUAUUCUCUAAUAUGCAAAAUUUCAGAUUACAAGAAGCUUUAUAGAGCAUUCUCUAUUUUGGGUAUAGUUUUUAGUUAUAGUAUGUAUUUAGUAUUUAAAGAUAAAGAUAUACACUGAUUCUAUAGGUAAAAGUAGGUUUCUCAACUUCCCAAUAAAAAAGAGACAGUUUAUGGAGCAUUGGACAAAUGGGUAGCUUGGGAGACUGAGUUUCCAUUGAUUGCAGCUGCAAAAGCUUUACAAAUUUUCAAGAAGAGGAGCCAAUGAUUGCGUGUUAUUCAAGUAUAUUCAGUCUAUUGGUAUUCUUACUUUGUAUUUUCCAGCUUCUAAAAUACAUUCAUUGAUGCAGGGAAGCUUUAUAUGUUCAAUAAUUUUCCAUUAAUAUAUAUUAUAUUAAAAUAGCCUUGUAUGAUCA